UGCCCAUGGUGCUGACCCACUCACACAUGUGGGUCACCUGCCAAGAGUAUCUCUCCUCCAGUUUAUUUAUUAGAAAUGUUGGCAGACAAUUGUCUUUGCUAGUGUUGCCGCUACUGAUCUGUGAUCAGGGGAAACCGUUUGGAUGUAUUUUGAGGUCUCUUAGGGGACUGCAGGGACUUGUGGGAAGAUGACCUGAUUUCUAAUUUUCUCCUCUCCUGCCUGGGCUCUGGGCUAGUCACUGCUACUAACUGAGAAGUGGUGAAAGGAACGUGAAACGAUGAGCUGACCGGGACUUUCCUGCAAUAUGGACCGCUGUAAAUGUAGAUUUUGUUGAUGGAUAGAGGUGAAGCUGAAAAUCUCCAUCAGUAGAUUCAGGUGAACUGCCAUGGCAAACCUGCAGCAAGAAUACCCUGGAGUCCUCCUGGGGAUUCUGGAGGAACUGGCCAAUAUGCGGCAGUGGCUAACUUUUCAGGACCUUUGUCGUAUGGUCAGCACCCGUUUUGACCUAGAGCACCUUAUAGAGCUCAGGAGUUUGCUGUUUGCUGCUGCCAGCAGGGACCCUUGUUUUCCAGCCACUCUGUUCAGGGACCGGGUUUCCACCAGAGGCCAGGGGCUUUCACCCAUAGGGGUCGCUGCUGACAUCGUAACUAUCUUCAACCUUAUUCAGAUGACGAGUGGAAUCUCUGAUGAAAACCAUCCAAUGAGAGCUCAGACAGUCCUGCCCGUUGACCAGUCUCCAGGCCUUAGUCUUCCUGGAAUACAACCGUUCUACAUUUCAGGCCAAGAACGAGCACGCGCCCAAUCUGACUCCAGUGGAAAGUCUAUCGAUCAGCGUUUGCUGUUUCCAAAAUCAAAUUACUCGGCACGCAAGCGAGCCAGUCUUCCCCCGGAUCCCAUCUCAUUAGUGUCUUCCCCCUCCCCUCCCAUCAGAACGAGGGCUGUGUCUUUUGACUUGCCUCACACUAUACAUUCUUACUCUACCAGUCAAAUUCCCUCUGAGGUUAUGAAGAAUAUCUACCUGCCGUUGGAGACGGACAGUGAAUCUAGUGGAGAGUCUGCUCCAAUGGAGGUGUUUGAAGAUGAACAGGGAUCAUUGGUUGACCAGAAGAGAAACAUCUUUAAGAAGGACUUCCAUAACCAGCCUCCUUUAAUACCGCAGGUGACUGUCAGCAGUGAGUCUCCCAGUCCUAAAACAGGACACAGAGGACUUGACAUGAUUCCGAAUCCUUACCCAUCACCGACAACGCUUCACCAUUCACCAGACCGGCGAACUAAAGCUAAGCAUGAGAGCUUUGAUGAUCUACAGGAUUCAACUUAUUUUGGACCGGGGUCAAUACAAGAGCCAUCCCCCCGACAUCUUCGCCCACCCAGGAUACAAAGGCCCGUCUGGAGCAAUAAGAGUCAUAGCUUAGAGGACCGACUAGGCCUGGGAAGCAUUGAUGUGGGGAUGGAAUCAAAAGCAGGACAGCUUCCGAGACGAUCUACCCCUGCCAUUAGCAUUUUGGGGGGGUCCUCAGGAGCUGAGAGUGUUGAUAGUGGAUUGGCAAAUGGAGGUGAUGGAAUGAAGGCUCAAGGAACACAAACAGACCCACCGGAUAAUCGGCGACUCCGUAGUCUGGUUCACGCUGAUCGGCUCUCCUUUAUGACUUCGUUAGAUGACCCCGAGUUCGGCGAGGAUGACAUAAGUGCAAUCUUUCGUUUCUUAGAUGAUAUAAGCAUGUGCGGUUCCACGGGAGUCCUGCACCCCAAUGAUGGAACUGUUAACCAGGACACCCCUGAGGCCAGACGUGGUCGCCUAGGUCAGCUCCAAAGGCUCUUCCAUUCCCUGGAGAGCAGUGACGAUGGCGUAAAAGCCAGUGUGUGCAAGCUGCUGCUUCGAAUGAGUCAGAUAGAAAGACAACUAGAGUCACUGAAUGAUGUAAAGGCUGAGAUUUCUCAGGUACUGUCUGCUUUGCAGCGACUGGAUGAAAAGAUCCAGCAGCCCAUAGUUGCCGGCGUACAGGGUGCUGGCGGUAGAUGGCUCGAGCCCCUGAGUGGUGUUUCUUCUUUCAUGAGCCACCCCAUAACCCCCUCUGAGUCAUCAGAGCCUCAGCCGCUAUCUGCAUCUGGACAUCUAUUUCCAGGGACCAGCACAAGCAGUCUGGACUGGAGCCGAUGGAACACCCCCGUGGAUCAAACGGACAACAGCAAAGGUCAGACUGAUUCUAAAGGUGCGAAAGAAGGAAAGAAAGAUGCAACAUCUCGUCGUGCCUCAAAAACUCAAUCUGAAGAAAAAAUGAUCUCUGACACCAAACAGCUGAAUAUCUCUAACUCUGCCAGAGACUGGACAGUGUCAUUCUCUAAAAUGAAAGAUGGGAAAGCAUCGCAAAGGAAAAUUGGACAGGGAGAUCAGUCAGAUAGCACCACGAACCUACUUUCCCAAAAGUCCACCAGUGUGGUGGAACAAGUGUUCAACUCAUCCUUGUUCCGUCAAAAAGACAGCAGCCUGACUGGGGGGCUUACUUCUGGGAAGGUUGUGGACCCCAGACUGGCUGAAGGCAGGGGAAGACCCAUAUGGACUGUUGAUGAUAGAGAGGCACGGAUCUCCCCUUUGGACAUACAUGCUCAGGAGUCUCUGAAUCCCAACAACAUGGAGUUCUGGAUGGACGACAUCUACACUCCUGGUUACGAUGCCCUGCUCAGGCGUAAAGAGGCUAACCUCCGUCGGAUCAAGGUCUGCAAGCUCAUUUCACUCAUUGCUAUUGCAGUGACUAUUGUCCUCAUCAUUGUUAUUCCCAUUUGCACCGUGGGCUCAUGAAGACUCACAAAAAAACUCCAUUGUUGCCUAUUUUCAUUCUAAUUAUUUGUCAAUAUAUUUUAAGCAGCUAUGGGCUUCAACCAGGAAUUUGCACACUAUCCUUAUGUUCAUUAUUUAGUGCGAUAUUACCAUGUUCUGGCUCUACUGCUGUACUGGUGGUCAUUUAAAUACUAAUACCUCUUGACGUUACUCAGCAUGAUGCACCAUUAUUUCUUAUUUCAGAAAAAAACUAAUUUAGACCAUAACUUGUUAAAUUAGUUCUCAUGCCAUGUGUAUUCUGCUCAUUUGUUGAGUUUUAUACCAUGAAUUGAAUAAUCAUCAAAUACUACUGACCUGGAAUACUGAUUGAAUGAUUCGAUCCGUAUUUCAGGUUGAUGCAGAGGGAAUAGCUGAUACAUGCUGAUUUUAAGUCUCCAAAACAUAUAACAUACAUUGAAACUAGUUGGACUGAGCCAGUGCAAGAGGGUCAAUUUAUUUUUUUCUUUCUUUUUCUUUAACACCCCUGUUAAGGGACACUGUCAUUUAUGCGUUGUGAUUCAGCCUCAGCACUGAGCACUGCCUACAUUGUUCAUGCUGUUUUCUUGUGAACAAUACAGGGCUUAUUUCACUUCUAUGUAAGAUAACGGUUUCAUUCGUUGAUGAGAAUUUAGAUUAUUUAUAAAAAGUAUUGAAUUAUGUGGACAGGAGUAUUGGUUUUCUUUUAGUUUGAACGUUCUUGUACUUCCUUUAAGGAACAAGAUACACUACUUGAAUAAGAUGGAAUCAAUAAAAAUGUUAUUUUUUAUAGAGUUCUCUUCCAUUUUUUUUCAAACAGGAAAAUAUGAUCUGCUUUAAGCACUUGUGAAUGUGUCUUUGUGGUUCAGAGUGUUUACCAGGUGUCAGGUUUCAGCAGUGAAGGAUUGUUGUUGAUGAUAAUGCUUAUGAUGUGGAGCAGUGAAAGAAAGAGACAGCUUUUUUCCAGUAAACACUCUCUGAGUGGCAGUUUCCACUUCUAAUUCAAUUGAUGGGAAGCUUGAAGUGCACCUAUAUGUACAUUAUCUUUUGACAACACUCACUUGGCCAGAGCUCUUUCAUAUAUUCUGAGAUUCUCUCAGAACAAACUGUCAUCUGGUAUCUGUUCACUUGUCGGGUGACAUUCCAAUUGGUGCUAAUAAUCUGCAGUCACACUGUUUGCUUUUGAAUCCAUACUGUAAAACCUGUAGUGGAUAACACAAAGAACAUUAUUUUACCUGCUCUAUGGUAAAUACUGCCCUUCUAAAACUUGCACAGUUCAGUAUUUGCGGAGACAUUCAGAGUACUGGCGAUUGAAUUUGAAAGUAAGGUUAUAAUUAAUGCUAUAAUACAUUUUGGUCAAAAUAAAUGGCAGACGCACAGUACAAUGCAGAAUGCAACCCCAUCAGUUAACACAUACUUGAGAUGUUAAUUAUAAAAAGUGCAACUAUGUACUGUGAACAACUCAGUCUAGAUAUCUUUUCCAGGACUGCCUUGACUGCACCACAUUCUAAACAUUUAGAUUGUUAACUUUUUGUUUUUGCUUUAGAAGAUAGACAGGGGCCAAAGGGUUAUGUUGCAAUUUUGCAUUAUUAUCUAAUGUAGCUUCCUUUUGACCCAUAUUUUUAGUCAGUCUAUACUGCCACUUUCAAUCAAAGGCAUUAUGCCAGAAAAGAAAAUGUCCAGCACUUUACUCCAUUAACCUGAGAACGCUUCAAAGUACAAAGGAACAGUGCAUAUAAGCAGAAAAGACGCUGCAUCAGAAAGUUUGUCCUGUCACACUUUAUAGACUCCACUUUGCCUUUUGGACACAAAUACCUACAGGAUGUGCAAAGGGUGUGUUCUACUUAAGUUUAUACUCCUCUGUAGAUGCGCUAUCUGCCAAGUAUUACCCAUGAGGGCAAUUCUGGAUCCAUUAUCCCUCCACUGGUGCCACUAAAGCCCUGACUUUAGUCAGCACAACCUGCAGGUGCUUUCCUUCAGUUGCACAUACUUUUUUUUUUUUUUACCCCUCGAGACAUUAGGAAUGAUUUCACAUGAAGUCUGGACACUGUUUUGCAUCUAUGCACAUUUUACACAGCCAAGUGCAUACCUGUGAUCUUGUUAUUCAGGUAAACGUUGUUUUAUGAAAUGAUAUAAGUGUAAAUAUAAAAAGAUAUGUAUUUAAUGAAAGUUUGUGUGAAAUGUCUUAUGUGAUUGUGGAGGUGUGUUGACAUAUGUUGCUUAUGUGCACGAAUAAA